AUGAAAAAUAAUAGCGUUUAAUUCAAUUCUAAUUUAUUCUAAGACUUUCAAUCGAGUCAAGUAGGUCGUAAAGAAUAAUAAAUGUAUUAAUAAUAGGGUUAAAAAAUAAGUAAAUGAUAAUAAAUAUUUAGAUUCAAUUGAAGAUAUUCAUUUAGAAUUAAAAAAUUAAGGCUAGUCUAACUCGAGUAGAGCAACUCAAAUAAAUAGUGGCACUAGAUAUCAUACGGAUGGAAAUCCAAAUAAUUAUACACCUAUAAAUCAAAUUGGAUAAUAAGCAAAAAGAAAUUCAUAGAAUGAAAGUAGUAGUGUUAAUUAUUCAAUUGAGAAGAAUUAAAAUUAAUAAUAGAAUAAUGACAUUUAAAGAAAUCAGAUUCGCUUGUUGCAAAAUUAAAGUUUAAUAACGUAACCUCAGAAUUAAGAAUAAUAUAAAAAAAACCAAGUAUAUUCUGAUACAGUUAUUGCUAUCACAAAUACUACUAAUUACGCCUAAAAUCUAGUUGCACGUUAUUUAGAAGAUAAUAAUAUAACUAACUAUGAGCUUUUAACAGUGCCUGGAGGUAUCUUCGGGUUGUAAAAUAAUGAAUUUUGGGAAAACUAUGUACUUAAAUCCAUUGAAAUCUUGAAUUUAAAAGAAACCCCUAAGGCUAUCUACUUAUUUUCUGUUUUAGGUGACUAUUUUGUAUUUAUAUAUUUUUAAUAUUAUAGUAUAGUAAAAUGUAUGGAUAAUCGGAUGACAAGAAUGAUCAAAGGAGAGAAGCCUAUUGUAUUCUGAUGAAACUUUAAAUGAAAUUAAUAGCUACGCCCUAAUUUCAUGGAUAUCUUUUAAGUGGUUCGCAUGAAACUCCUGAAAGACUUUUUUGAAAGUUUUAAUUCAGAUAAAAAUCAAUAUUCA